UUUUCACUCCACCUUCUCCCUCCUCCUCUUGCUGCUCCUCCUCCCUGCACAUCCACCCCAGCUCAAUGGACAUGGACCGGCCAGGCUUCUUAAUCACGCUGUUCAGCUUGCUGCUGUGCCUCCUGCCCAUUCUCCAGGCAUGUCCCCAGAACUGUCACUGCCACGGAGGAGACCUCCAUCAUGUCAUCUGUGACAACGUUGGUCUGAGAAGAAUCCCCAAGGUAGCAGAGCAGACACGGCUCCUCAAUCUGCAAAGGAACAACUUCCCUGUCCUGCCAACCAAUGGCUUUAGGGAAAUGAAAAAUCUCGUGUCUCUCCAUCUCCAACACUCCCACAUCAAGGAGGUCUCCAGUGGAGCCUUCCGGGGCCUGAAGCAGCUGGUCUACCUUUAUUUGUCCAAUAAUGACAUCAGCGUCAUAAAGAUGGGAGCCUUUGAUGACCUGACAGAACUCACCUACCUCUACAUUGACCACAACAAGAUCACCGACCUUCCCAGGGGGCUCCUCUCCCCAUUGAUUAACCUCUUCAUUCUGCAGCUGGGUAGCAACAAGCUCCGAGAAUUGAGAGCAGGAGCCUUUCAUGGUGCGAAGGACCUUCGCUGGCUCUACCUCUCAGACAACUCCAUUUCCUCCAUCCAGCCUGGGGCCCUGGAUGAUGUGGAAAACCUAGCUAUCUUCCACUUGGAUAAGAACCAGGUGAGCAGCUACCCAGUGGCUGCAAUGAGCAAGCUGAGGGUAGUAGAGGACCUGAAGCUCUCGAACAAUCCCAUGAAGGUAAUUCCAGACUUGGCCUUCCAAUCUUUUGGGCGCUACAUGGAGACUCUCAGCCUGGACAACAUGGGCCUAGAAAAGUUUUCAGAUAAAGCAUUUGUUGGCGUAACCACACUGAAGACUGUUCACAUGGAGAACAACAAACUUUCCAGUCUUCCUGCAAAUUUUCCAUUUGGCCGUCUUGAGACUCUCACCCUGUCUAACAACCCUUGGCAAUGCUCCUGUCAGCUAGCACCUCUGCGCAAGUGGCUGGAGUCCAGUCGUUCACGCCCUGAUGCAACCUGUGCAUCACCCUCCCAGGCUCGAGGACAGCAGAUCCGAGAUGCUGCUAUACUCCGCAGUUGCAAGCUCCCCACUAGGAGAUCCAAGAAGGGAAGUCGCCAUUAAGCAGGCAGACCCAGAAAAGCUAGUCCAGGUGACUGGCCGUUUCAACCAACCAGAAAACUACUGACUCCUUCCAAGUCCUUCAACCCCAACAAUCUCCUUUUGGUCAAAAACCAUCUUAUAUGUCUGAUCACAUCCAUCUCCAGCUAAAUGCAGAUUGCAGGAUGGAUGCCACCAUUCAAUUUUUCUUCUGAUAUUAUAUAUAUUAUUUUAAGAUAUUAUGGGGUUUUUUUAAAAAGCCUACAACUUAUGCAUGACAAUGCUAAGACAAACUAAACUAGAUCCUGCUGGUAAAAUACAGUCAUCUCUCUAGAUGUAAUUCACACCACUCAGUUUAUCUACGGACUUGUCUUCCAGCAUUUAUGGACACUAGUAGGAAACACAAGAGGUUCUCCUUAUUUGUAGCACCAUGGACCUGCAAUAUUACAUGGAAAACUUUGCAUCUGUGCUGAACCUCAAAGCCUACAAGCACAACA